AUGAUUGUUUUGAUCCAGGCCUUGUCAGUUGGAAUCUUCCCAUACGUGUUGAAGUUGUUACAGAGCUCUGCGAGGGAACUCAGACCACUGCUAGUCUUCAUCUGGGCAAAGAUCCUGGCUGUGGACAGCUCAUGUCAAGCUGAUCUUGUGAAAGACAACGGACACAAAUAUUUCCUGUCGGUGCUUGCUGACCCCUACAUGCCCGCAGAGCACAGAACAAUGGCUGGGUUUGUCCUUGCGGUUAUUGUGAAUGACUACACCAAUGGACAGGAAGCUUGUCUGCAAGGUAACCUCAUUGCCAUCUGCCUGGAGCAGCUGAAUGAUGCUCACCAUCUCCUUCGCCAGUGGCUGGCCAUUUGUUUGGGUCGAAUCUGGACUAAUUUUGAUGCUGCGCGAUGGUGUGGAGUUCGGGACAGUGCACAUGAAAAACUCUACAUCCUAUUGAAUGAUCCUGUACCAGAGGUGAGAGCUGCAGCUGUCUAUGCUCUUGGUUGCUUCAUUGGGAACUGUUCAGAGAGAACUGACCAUGCCAACACCAUUGACCAAGGAGUGGGGAUGAAGCUCACUGAACUAGCUCAGGAUGGAGCUGUCAUUGUUAGAAAGGAGCUGGUGGUUGCUCUUCAUCAGUUGGUGUUGCAGUUUGAGAGCAACUUUGCAUCCAUCGCAUUGCACUUCAUCGAAGAGGAGAGACAGAGAGAGCAGAGCCAGGCGGUGCUGGGAGCAGCUGUAACACCGGCAGUCUCAUCCAGCACCCCGCAGCUGAUGUCUCCCCGCAGCAGACUCUGGCUACAGACUAGUUAUAGUGACAGCAUGUCAGGAAGUUACCCUAGCAGUGGAUUGCAACCUAUGAGCUCCCCAAGUCGAUCCAACAGUAGUGCCAGCCUUAGCAGCAUGGGCAGUCUGGAAGGUCUGGAGAAGAGCCCUGCAGUUGUUGACAAGCUGGACAGGUCCAUGAAAAGGGUCUCCUCCAGCAGCAGUGUGUCCUCCCUUGGAUUUGCAUAUAAUAAUGUGUAUGCCACAGUAUGGAGGACUCUGGUCCAAAUUGUACAGGAGCCACACUCAGAAGUGUCGGAGGCAGCUCAUGUCGUGGUUAAUGCAAUCAACUUAAAGGCCACCAUGAACACCCAACCUAAGUUCAUGAGAGACAAUAGACUGACUCAUUCAGCACCAUCCAGCCCAACGAACAGCCUAGCCAGACUGCCAACUGAUAAGGUGGACAGGGACAGCAACACAGAGUCUCCAGAUGGUGCCCAGCUGCAGCUUCCCCACGAGAUCGCUAGACCUAUGGCCAUCAGACCGGGUGAACAGCCCCCGCCUUCUCGCCCACCCAACCCUGCUCCUAUUGGUUCAGCAAUUCCACAUUCAAGCAACUUCCAGAGUAAAAGAAGGCUGUUUGACAAGGGACCAAAUUCGACAUACGAUGAUGAUGAUGAUGUGCCCUCUCCUCCAACUGCAUUGAUCACAACAGAAUUCUGUGAAUGGAGCAGUCGAUAUUUUGCACAGUCAGUAAUGAAGUUUCCAGAAGAACAUGACCCACAAAGCCCUGUUCACUAUGACCGUGAGUGGAGGUUUAUCCGGAAUGCUCGAGUCCGAAGGGAAGCUAGAGAGAUGCAGAAACGAGCAGUUUCUAUGCGAUUAGAUGAUCAGAUUUUCAUCAACCGAAACAAAGGGAAUCCCACAGUGCUGAAGUUUCAUCCAUAUGAUCCUCAUAUGGCUGUGGCAGACAAAGAUGGAAUCAGUAUUUGGAACUGGGAUGAGGGUGCCCGGACAAACUACUUCAGAAAUAACAAUGUCGUCAACAGCAGGAUCACAGCUCUGGACUUCAUUAAUUCUCAUGACAUCACGCUGUUACUGUCAGGAUCUGAUGAUGGUGCUGUGCGAAUCUGGCGGGAGUAUGGUUGGGACGGGGAGUGUGAACCAGAACUGGUGACAGCCUGGCAAGCUAUUUCUGAUCUUCUCCCUUCCACAAGAGGGUCUGGGUUGGUGAUGGACUGGGAGCAGGAGUCUGGAAUGUUGCUGGCAUCUGGAGAUGUUCGUCUCAUCAGGGUCUGGGACACACAGAAGGAGAAAAAACUACAGGACAUCCCGACAGGUGCAGACAGCUGUGUGACCAGUCUGGUCAGUGACUCAGUGGGGCGGUCACUGCUGAUAGCUGGCUGUGGAGAUGGGUCAGUCCGACUCUUCGACAGGAGACUGGGGCCUAAUGAAUGUCGGGUAAUGACCUUGAGAGAACACACAGGCUGGGUGGUGAAGGUCUUUCUGCAGAAGGGAAGUGAAGGCAACAUCAUCAGUGCCAGCGUUGGAGGUGAUCUGAAGUUCUGGGAUCCAAGGUUCAGUGAAUCUGUCAAGACAAUACAGACAUCACAGGGACUGUCAUCAUUUGAUGUUCAUCCUCAUGCAGAAAUAUUUGCAUGUGGCUCUGCUAACCAGUUCAUCAGCCUGUACACCUUAACUGGGGAAAACAUCAGCACCAUCAAGUACCAUGAUGGCUUCAUGGGGCAGAGAAUAGGACCAAUCAGCUGCCUGGCUUUCCAUCCACACUGGGUUCACCUUGCUGCUGGAAGCACAGACUGCUUUUUGUCUGUGUACGGGGAAAGGAAACGGUGACAUCACACAUCAAUUUGGACCCAUGGACAUGUCUAAGUAUUUACUAUAGAUUUAAAUGAAUGAUGUGAAUGUGAGUUAUAGGACCUUGUUUUUCCUGAUGUUGAUGAUGUUGAAAUAAAAAUCCUGUCAGCUUAUUCAGUUUUCUCCCAGUUUCCCUUUUCCCAUUUACAAUGUGAUGUUCAUACAAAAGUCUGAUGGUUAUUUUUACCGGAACAUCUAAGGACAGCAGUUAAGUCAAGAUAACAAAAUCACAAAACCUUCUAAUACAUUGUAUUUAAUAUUGUGGUAUUAUUCAUUAGUCAUUGCCUUCCAAAAAGAAGCCAAUCCCCCAGUAUUGUAUGAAGAAACAUCAGAUAGAUUUAUAGACUAUAUUCUAUUACAUUUUUAUUGCAUAAGUGGAAUUGCCCUACUUAAUGUUUGUUUCUCCUGCAGAAGCCACUGGAAUGUAUGGCCAUGGUUACAUGUAUGUGAUGUUCAUGAUUGUACGUUUCUUACUGUAUUUAAUGAAACAUGAUCAUUCAUAUCUGAAAAAGUCUUUAGCAGGAUCAGACAUUAAAAAAUGUUUCUAUUUGAUAAAACAAUCUGUGUCUUGUACAUGAAGUUUGCAGUAGAGAAUUGUUUAAGGUGGACCAAGCACAUUUAUCAUAUGGUCAGUUGAGCCUUGCACAACUAAGUUGUUACAAGCUUGUCAUAAUUGUUUGUAUAAGUAAUUUUGUAUUUUGUAAUCUAUAACUCUAUUAUGAUGUGUUUAUGUUUAUGUAUGUAUAUGUGGGGCCCGUCAUCAGCUUGGCUGCCAGGGCUUCCGCUGUAUUGCCAUGUUUGUAAUUCUAAUAAUUUAAAAUCAAAUAAUUGUUUGUAGAUAGCUUACACGAUGAUUGACACUAUCAAAUGCUAAUUAUGUCAUUUGUUGUCUAAUUUGUAGUCAAUGAGGAAAGUUUAUGUCAUGAUUGGACUUUAUACCUAUACUAAGGGAGAGAGGAACGUCAAUAGAUACAUGUAUCAAAUGAAGGCCUAAUUUGCAUUAUACUAAGUACUUAGAUACCUUGUUGAUAAAUGAGGGGAAUUGAUAAUAUUUUUUAAAGUUAAGUAGAAGUUAAAAUGAAUAGAAUAUCAUUUCUGCAAAAUACUGUCCUCAUCAGCUCACAUGAGAAAAUGGUACAAUUAUAGCCUUCUUUGCUGUGAUUUCAAACCCCCAUGAAAUAUGAGUUUUUGUAUUUUUUAUUUGUCUCAUUGACUAUGGAAAUAAGGUUGUAAUUAGUAUAUUACCAUAAUCCUGUUCAAUUUAUGGCUUUCUAAAUUCAAAUUACACUAUUUUGCGUGUGAAAUUCCUCUCCUUUGUCAUACUUCAUUUCAACAUGUCCUCAUUAAUUAUGCAAAUGUCCUCAACAUUAACAUAAUAUAUGAAUAGUGAUGUUAAACUUUAAGUAACUGACAAAUGUCACAAGGUAUAAUAUUCCCAUCAUCCUCCAAUAAGGAAUCACAGAAUUUUCACAAUAAUUAUGCAAAUUAGAUCAUCAUUUGCUUAAUUGGUAUCUGUUUAUGUUCCUCCUGCCAUAAAUUGAAUAGAUUACAUGUAUAUAAGUAUAUGUUAUAUAAAACAAUGUAAUUAUAGAACUUCCUCCUUAAUUAUGCAAAUUAAGUCUUCAUGUGCUUGAUUUGCAUCUACUUUUUAAUAUCUCUCUCUGAGUCUCUCAGCUACCUACAUACCAAAAAUGAAAAUAUGAUGUUCCUAUCUGGACUUAUUGGCUUUGAA